AUGGCCGCCGCCGUAGCAGCCGCCUCCGACGCGACGACCAGCCUAUCGAGCGACGGAGAACCUCAUCCGCUAACCGACAUCGAGAUCGUGCAGCUCGCCCAACGAGGUGAACUCCAUCCUUACUUGCUUACCGCCUCCUCUCACUCGGCUCUCCUCGCCCACCUCCAAGCUCGCUCGCUCUCUCCUGCGCCGUCGCUGGCGGUGUCCGAAUACGUACUCUCUCUGCUCUCUCUCAUUUCCCUCUCCCCGGAUACUCCCUCGCUAACGUCUCUUCUCUCCGCCCUGCUCUCUUCCUACACUCGCUUGUUCGUCUCCCGCCAGAUCCCUCACGAUUCGAAUUCCUCGAAAACUAUUGGUCUCUUCACUACAGUUCUGCACAGUAUCGCCAUCGAUGAUCUUCAGUCGGUGGUGGAGUCGAUUGUGGACGACUUGUUUGGGAUCGAGAGUUUGGAAGACGCGCAGAUUCUCGACUUUCUUCCUGGCUGUUGUAAUUUGAUUUUCCAGGAAAACCGUAAGGAGUUCGUGGAUUCGAUGCUGGAUAAGGUUAUGGUGAGCGAAUGGUCGAAACCGCUGCUUAUUAAGCUGGUGUCUGUUGUUAAGGAAUUUCUAGGUAUUUUUGACAAGGGGAGAGGGAUAGAGUUUGUACAGAAGGUGUUCGAUGGAAUGCCCAUGAUAGAUUUGCAGGAUUUGCCGACACUUGUGUAUCAGUUGCUGGUUUUGGCUUCCAAAGGAUUCAACAAGAGAGAGGUGCUUGAAGGGAUUGUGAAGUAUUUUGGGGAUGAAAAACGGUCGAGGAAAGUGAGUUCCACUGUUAGGCAAGUGGAGGGAACUGUGCUGCUUCAUGUCAAUUUCGCUGUGAAGCAGGAUCCUUCUCUCGUUCAGGAGAUUAUUAGGCUUGUGAAGUUGGACUUGAGGGCUUUUAAUCAUUUCACCGUUGCUGUUUUGCUCUCUGUUGCGAGGGUUAGAAGGUUCAGCGAGAACUCGAUUGGGGCACUCAAAAUGGGGCUGCUUAAUGCUUACCGCGAUUACAAGUUUGCUAAUGACUGUAAGUGGCUAACACAGGAGCUAAAAGAAGAGUAUCUGCAGAACGUUCAGACACUGGAGAAGGCUGUUCUAAGAGCGUUCAGCUUUGUACUGUUGGAGUCAUCUGAAGAAGGUAGUUUCGGAGAUCCAUCUGAUUCUGAUGGCCUGCUUGGCAUCAAGGAGCUCAGUAUUCGGAUGCUCAUGACUCUUUUUGAGGUUCAUGAUAUGGCAAGAAAUGAGAUAAUAGAUCAGUGCAAAUUUCGCAUUCUGUGUCUGAAGCCAGAGCGGACCAUUCCAAUCACAAGACUGCUAGGCCAGCUAGUCCAAGCAUGUCCUCUCCCAAUGUCGGACCAUGUUCCCCGCUUGAAGGAAUUGUUGGACUACUUCACUCAUAUGCCCAACAAGGUCGCCACUCUUCUGGUUGCUGCUAUAGUGCCGCUAGCCAAACAUAGUCGCCAUCUUCGGGAUUAUAUGAUCUUGGUAUUGCGCAAGGCUAUAUUUAGCCGGGAAGAUGCGGUCCGUCUUGCUGCAACUAACGCCAUAUUCCGUCUUAUUCUAGUGGAAAGACAAUCCACUAGAGACGGGUUGUUUGCCUUUCAAGACUCGUCAAGCCAGGCAAGUAGCAGCCAGCAAAAUGGCAUGCUGCCAUGUGGCAUCAACGGAGGAGCUCUCUUUCAUGAGCUAAGUGGUUUGCUGCGCAGAUGCCUUUGUCAACAGGCAAAAGUAAGGGAGGUCAUCUAUUCUGGUCUUCUGAAGCUUGUCCUAGUAGACCCUGCCAGUGGGAAACUCGUGCUUGAUUUUCUUUUGCCUCACUUCCUGCGGUUCUUCAAGGAGGCACGAAGAAAUCAGUCCAGUGAGUCAUUCUCUGAUGCCCUGACAAAGAUUCGGAAGUUCGUGAGAAAGGGAAAGCUGGAAGGCAUACUCGGUCAGAAUCAGGAUGGCAGCAGCUUUACUUCCCCUGAAGAAGAAAAGAACAGAUGCUUGGCUUUGGUUCUAUCAGGGAUCAUUAAGGUACUACUGAACUCCAUUGCUGCUGAGCUGGAGAAAGCACCCAAUUCAAAGGCAACGGAUCUAGAAAAAGAGCUCUCCGAAUUCGUCGAUCUCCUCGAGCCGCUUGAGAAGGAUGCAUCUCCAAAGCAAACUGGCGGCAGAAGAGGGAAUGUAAAAAGCACUGCUACUGAUACUUCAGCGAAGGUUGAUUCAGCAAGCCGAGAACUGAUUCCCUUCUCAACUUCCAAUCUCUUGACACUGACCCAAAAGGCAGCGAGCCUUUACACCAGCGGUAGCCAGCUGGCUUCUCAGAAGCAUCCAUUGAAGAGCUCCAAGAUCAUAGCUUUCGUCUUGAACAGCUGUCUUCAUCACUUGAAGUCUUACUCUUACCAUGCUGAAGGUAAGGAAGAUCCAUUGGCGGUUUUCGUUUACGGAGAUGUCAAGCUGUUUGGGCGUCCUCUGCUUGAACUAACCCUAUUGCUGAAGCGGGAAAAGGGGAAAAAGGAUUCGGAAGAGAAGAAGGAGAAUCUUUAUUUGGCCUUGUCAUGCUUGAAAGAGCUGAUUUUGAUUGCUCUGAAGAAGAAGGAUCUCACUGGCUUACUGGAUCAACUGUUAUCAGUCUGUCAUUCCGAUGAUGGCUCACAGUUAGAUGAUGAUAACACCGAAGCCUCCAGGAUCAGCGAUGAAGAUGUAAGAAACCAGACAAUGUUCAUCAUCAAAGUCUGCAGGCCGCUACUUUCUCAGCUCCUUGAUGUGUCAGCUUUUCGGGAGGCCGAGAUCGUGUGCGAUAUGAUUUCGAUAAUCGGAACCAAACUGCCAUGCCAAUGGAGGAAACCUCACGGAGCUUGGGCAAUCACUCUCUGCAAAACUCAACCCGUAAGGAACCCCAAGGUCGCCAGAACCAUACUCGAGCUCUCCCUUCGUCUUACUUCAUCUCCAGAAGAUCUCAACUUCGCACAAGACCUGACGAAGGAGCUACUGAAGUUCAACCCGUUGGACAAGGACAGCCAGUUGGAAGAAGCAGAAGCUUCUUCCGACCGGUAUCCAAUACUGAACACCGCAACGAGCAGCGCCGUGACUGCUUGCAUACUGCAAGCCAUCGAGGCGGAUAUCGCCGAGAUGGAUUGGGCCGUCAAGAAACUGAAGACGUUGACUUUGAUGGAUCAGAAAAGCAUUCAUUUGCCGGCUACGAAGGACACCGAUGACGACGAAUUACAUUCCUCGUCGAGAGCUGCAUUCGAAAACCGUCUUCAUUCCAAGGCCGAAGCUGUAGUCAAAGUGCUCUCCUCCUUCGUUCUUAUGCGCCUCAAAGAUUCUCAAGCGGAGCACCUGAUCCGAACCACAACGAAGCUCUACAAGCAUCUAUCCCUGAUGACGAAGCUCGCCAUCGCUCCCAAAGGAUGCAAGCAGCUCAGUCCGAGCCUAGCCUUCCAGAAGCUGGUGGAGAUCACCUGCAGGCAGCUCACGGCUCCGCUCUACAUCUUCGUCGCCGAUACGCAGCAGGAAAGUAAUGCCCAAGGAGUCAACAACAACAACAACAACAACAAGGGGAAAGGCAGCCGCCUGAUGAACAAGAUCAAGAGGGAGAACAAAUGCAUCCCUGAUUUGAUCUUCCAGGUCGAGGAUUACGAGAGGUACCUCAUCAGGCUGAGUAAAGUGACCAGGGUGAAUUUGCUGAAAAAUGCCAAGCGCAGCACCGCGAGGGAUUUCAGGAUAGUCGACGCGCGGCAGAAUGUUGAGCCGGAGCCGGAGGCGGAAGCCGACGACGGCGGAGAGAGCGGAGGCGAGGGAUCGGACGGCGGUGGCGCGGUGUCUCCGUCGCCGUCGUAG